AUGGUGUGGGUCUCCAGUCUGCUAGGCGAGGCUGCCAGCCUUUGGCAACAGUCCAAGGCGGACUUCCACCGUGGAGGCACCGACUUUGGGUUCGCGUCCGUAAACGAGAUGCUCACCGAGCUGGAAUUCGCAUUCCAGGGCACCAAGCCAGCAAGUCAGCACAUUGCUGACUUCAACAUGAUCAUCGCUCCCUUGAAGAUGACUGAGGAGUCAAAGAUCUUGUCCUUACGUCACUCCAUCAACGAGGACAUCAAGGACGUGCUCGCCCGAUCUCUAGAUUCGACAAAGUCGGAUUUUACACUUUUCUGUCGCCAGGUGAUUGCCGCCGACAAUCGCCUCUUGGAACGAGCGUACGAAUACUCAGGAAAACAUUACACUCUGGCUGGUGGUCGUACUGUGCGUCCCUACGCCAACCACGCCAGCACGCUUCCUCCUCCUCGCCCCCGUUUCACUGCGAGCGCUCCUCCCACGACAACGUUCCCGCAGCCAAUGCAAAUUGACGCUGUGGCACCCAGUAAGGAUCGCGAGGCCAUUCGCCAGAACAGGUCUGACAACCGAGUCUGUCUCUAUUGUGGAGGAGCCGGUCACCAGCUCAAGAACUGCCCAAAGCGAUCAGCAGGCCUAAAAGUGCAGGGUCACAGGAGAUAG